AUGGAAAUCUACUUGGUCUUGAUGGUCUUCUGGGUGAAGGACUGCUGGGCGAAGGAGUUCCUCUCAUGCCAACACCGUCCUCCUGGUAACAGGUCAAAUGAAGAACAGGAUGAAACAGGACUGCAGGGUCUGCUCCUGCUGAUCCUGCCAUCUCAAGGCAGGUUUGCCUCUGUGUUGACCCCCAGGUUGAAGGUGCUGAACCUUGAGAAUAUCCGAGUGUCGUGGAAAGUCCUUCGCGGGCCCGAGGUCGUGCUGAACCUGUACUCGAAGCUGGUGCUGCGCUUGCCGGGGAUUUUUCACUUCCUGAGCGGAUCCUCAGUAGAGACAAACAUUACAUCUCACAUCGCGCUCACCCAGGACACCCCGGGAGACCUCAAGUUAGUGGUUAAGGAUUGCAAAAACCUGCUCGGCGGCUUCAGCGUCAACCUGCGGAAGGGCUUCCUCACCAACAUGGUGAGCCAUGUGCUGAACACAACCCUUCAGACCUUCGUCCCCGCGCUGCUUUGCCCAUUAGUGAAUAUUUGGGUCAGCAUCAUCAAUAUUAAGCUCCAAUUCCUCAAUCGUGUCGUCUCCUUUGGGCUCCUGGGGAAAAUCCACUCUGCCCUCUCCAGUUUGCCAUUGACGUCUGGGCAUUUCAUGGAGCUGGAUUUGCAGAAUUCCCCAUUCCCAAGUGCCUUCAUCGACUGGCUGCUUCAGACCACAGAUGCCAGUCCUGGGAGCAUUGAGUAG